AUGGCGACGAACCAAUCCCUCGGGACGCUUCCCGAAAAGAUGCGGGUCUACGCCCACACAACGACGGGUAAGCCGUCAGACGUCCUGACGCUCACAGAACUGCCGCUGCCACCCCUUCCCCAGCCUGGAUCCUCGGACGUGCUGGUCAGAAUCACGCACACAACGGCGCUCUUUGGAGACGCAUUCAUGAUGACCAUAACCCCUUCCUUCUUGCGGGACAAGCCCUGCAUCCCCGCCAUCGAAUUCGCCGGAACCGUGGUCGCCGUAGACCCCCAAGGAGUCGCCACACCGCCGAGCCCAGCCCUGACGGUCGGCGCAGAAGUGUACGGGGCGGUCCCCAUGGGCCGAGUCUUUAAGAAGAUGCCUGGUGCCGCUGCACCGUCGGGCGCGCUGGCAGAGUACGUCCUCGUCCCCGCGUCCCGCGUCGUCCGCCGACCGGAAAACGUCAGCAGGGAGCACGCGGCGGGGCUCGGCGGUGCGUCUUCAUGUACGGCCCUCGCCCUGGUCCAAAAGGCGAAGCUGGAAAGGGGGCAAAAAGCGCUCGUGUACGGCUCUAAUGGGUCCGUGGGGACCCUCGCCUUGCAAAUUGCCCGGGAAGCUGUGGGGCCAACGGGUAAGGUCGUGGCAGUAUGUGGUCCGGCCGGCAUCGAGGUUGCCAAGACUUUGGGGGCAGAUGAGGUGAUCAAUCGUCAAGAACACGGUGCGAUUUGGGAACUCCUCGCCGACAGAUUCAAGGAGGACCCGUUUGAUGCGAUACUCGACGCCUAUGGCCUCGCCGAAAUCUUUACCUGGUGCGCUCCCUAUCUUAAACAGGACGGAACGUACGUCACCGUCGGGACGGCCUUUACCAGCUGGACCCUCUGGGGCGCCAUCACGCACCCCCGGAACUUUGUUUCGGUUAUGAACGACGACGGCCCCGAGGCCAUGGAAGAAAUUCGUCGGCUGGCCGAGGAAGGCAAGCUACGCCUGCACGUCGACUCUGUCGUGGACUUGCAAGAUGUCCCCAAGGGCGGGGUCCCUGACCUCCUCCGCGACAAGGCGGCCCGCGCUUUCUUCGGAAGUGCUUAG